AUGCCAUGGUUUAAAGGUUGGGAAAUUACAAAAACGAAGGAGGGGAAUAGCAUAAAUGACUCGGGUCAUACACUUAUAGAUGCAAUAGAUAAAGUGGAACCUCCAUCUAGACCAACAAACAAACCUCUCCGAAUUCCGUUGCAAGAUGUCUACAAGAUAGCUGAUAUUGGUACUCUUCCUGUUGGUCGCGUCGAGACUGGUAUCAUCAAGCCUGGUAUGGUCGUGACAUUUGCUCCGCAAGGAUUAACAACAGAAGCCCUUGCAGAGGCCUUGCGCGGUGACAAUGUUGGUUUUAAUGUGAAAAAUGUUUCCGUCAAAGAUAUCCAUCGUGUUAAUGUUGCAGGCGAUUCCAAGAACGAUCCCCCGAAGGAAGCCGCAACAUUUACCGCUGAACCAUCUGGAAAAACUCAACUGGAUCCUGAUGCAUUUGAUCGAUUGUUGGUAAAACGUUCGGAUUUCUUGUAUGCAUUAGAACAUGAUAUUAAACCGGCUUUUGGUACUUCUGAAGAAGAACUCAGUUGUUACAUUCCACGUGGUAUAAUGAUGUGGGGUGAAUCCGUGUCACAUGCAUUAGAUAUGGGUCGAUUAGCUGUUUCGGCAGUCCGUGAACCAGAUGUCGAAACUUAUCGACCAUUAACAUUAUUAUUAGAAGGUCCACCAAAAGCUGGUAAAACAGCAUUGGCUGUGGAAAUUGCACGAUUAUCAGAGUUUCCAUUUGUCAAAAUUGUUACAUCGCAUAAAAUGAUUGGAUUCACUGAAAUGGCUAAAUGUGCAUCAAUGAAAAAGAUUUUUGAUGAUGGUGCUAAAUCCCCAUUAAGUGUUGUGAUUGUUGAUAAUAUUGAAGGUUUAAUUGAAUACAAUCCAGUUGGACCAAGAUUUUCUAAUUUCAUCGUUCAAGCAAUACGUGAUUUAGUAUCGCAACCAUUGAAAGCGGGUCGUCAUAUGUUAGUAUUGGCUACAACUAGUUGUCGUGAAGCAUUAACCGAUCAAAAUCUUACUCAAGCAUUUUCAUGGCAUGUACAUGUUGCUAUGCUAUCAAGACCUGAUCAUAUUAUUUCUGCUUUAGAAGAAGAUGGACGUUUUACAUUGAAAGAAAGACAAAUGAUUGAAAAAUCUUUAUCUGGUCGUCGUUUGUGUAUUGGAAUUAAGCAUUUACUUGAUUUGAUUGAUCUUGUCUCAAAGCAUGAUUUAGAUCAUCGUGUUUCUGCAUUCUUGACUAAAUUAGAAGAAGUUGGCAUUGUGGAUGAAUGA